AUGGAUUCAAACAAUAUGCACAGUCCUGUGUUCCUGGUGCUUCCUCCAGAGGUGACCAGUCAAGAAUACCAAGCAACAGGACUUACAGCCACAGCCUAUGACUCCCAAAAACGAGUGCAGAAAAUCCUUAUUAGAAAAUUGAAGAUCUUAGGGACCGUCCAGAUCCUGUUUGGAAUCAUGAACUUUUCGUUUGGAGCUGUUUUCCUUUUCACCUUGGUAAACCCAUACCCAAGGUUUCCUUUUAUAUUUCUCUCAGGAUAUCCAUUUUGGGGCUCUGCUUUGUUCAUUAACUCUGGAGCCUUUCUGAUUGCACUGAAAAGAAAAACUACGGACACUCUGAUAAAAAUGAGCCAGGUGAUGAAUUUACUUAGUGCCCUGGGAGCAGCAGCUGGAAUCAUUCUCCUCAUAUUUGGUUUCCUUCUAGAUAAAGAAUUCAUCUGUGGCUAUUCUCCAGAUGCUAUUCAAUGUGGUCCUAUUACUGUUCUAUUCCUUGGGAUUUUGGCUAUGUUGAUGAUCUUCAGCAUUGCUGAACUGUUCAUUUCCCUCUUUUCCUCAUUUUUGGGAUACACCAAAAACUAA